CGUUCUGUUUUUGCAAACGAACUUCCAACAUCUGUGUGGUUAACUGGGCCAAAGAUUAUUUUGGAUCAUAAUCAACAAGAUUAUUCAAAAUACCCGUUAUUGGACCCUGAUAAUGACUGUGAAAUUAGAAGGACUGUCACUGUAGUUAAGACAAGUGUACUUCAUGGAUUGAACUCAAAUGUGUUCACAAGAUUUUCUACCUGGGAUUCUCUAAUUCGUGGACUAUCAUUCAUGCGUAGUGCUAUUCGCCAGAAAAUCAACCUUGAAAAGCUCAGUCAAACAAAGCUUUACCAAAGUAUGGAGAAGAUUGUUAUCAAAAGUGUACAGUUUGAAGCUUAUGGACAGGAUAUAGAAAGACUUAAGGAGCACAAACCAGUCACCAAAGGUAGUCCGCUACAAAAACUGGAUCCUUAUCUGGAUAACGAAGGUCUGCUACGUGUAGGAGGCAGAAUUCUCACCGGAGAUGUACUGGCUGGAUCCAACGGACCUAUUAUUGUUCCGAAAAAGUCACAUGUGGCAAGAUUGCUUAUAAAGCACCAUCAUCAGAAAUGUAAACAUCAGGGACGUCACCUAACUGAAGGUGCUGUGAGAUCCGCAGGUUACUGGGUAAUGGGUGCCAAGAGACUUAUUUCAUCAUUAUUAAACUCGUGUGUAAUUUGUAGAAAGUUACGACGUAAACUUGAAACACAGAAAAUGGGAAAUAUACCUGACUUUCGAUGCAAGCCAUCACCACCGUUCACGUAUGUGGGAGUAGACACCUUUGGGCCCUGGGAGGUGACAGCUAGAAAAACUAGAGGAGGAGUUGCUAAUGCUAAAAGAUGGGCAAUCUUAUUUACAUGUUUGACGAGCAGAGCAGUACACAUAGAGCUGGUGGACGAGAUGACAUCCAGUGCCUUUAUCAAUUCCCUCAGGCGUUUUGUAGCAAUGCGCGGUAAAGUCACUGAGUUUUAUUCAGAUAGAGGAACUAAUUUUGUUGGAAGUACAGAUGCACUUAACAUCAAUGCAAUCAACAUAGAAUCUCCAACCCUGAAGAAGUAUAUGGUGGAAAAUGGCUCUACUUGGAUAUUUAACCCACCACAUGCAUCCCAUAUGGGAGGGAUAUGGGAAAGGAUCAUUGGAACAGCGCGCAGAAUUCUUAAUGCUAUCAUCAUGGAGUCAAAGAAACCACUUACACAUGAUGUUUUGAAUACAUUUAUGUAUGAAGUUUGUGCUAUUAUCAACAGUCGACCAUUAGCGAACGUGUCGGUAGAUCCAACACAGCCAUCAGUUCUUUCCCCUUCAGUAUUGCUGACACAAAAGACUGAAGUUGAUUAUGGACCGUUUCAAGCAGUUGAUGUGAAGGACAUGUACAGAUCAUCAUGGAAACACACACAACUUUUAGCCAACCAGUUCUGGAAAAGAUGGCAGCAAGAAUACCUUUACAGUCUUCAAACCAGGAGGAAGUGGACUUAUUCUAAGGAAGACAUCAACGUUGAUGACGUAGUACUCUUAAAGGAUUCUGACACCGUUAGAUACGAAUGGCCAAUGGCAGUUGUUCAACGUACCUUCCCAAGUAAAGAUGGACAUGUUCGGAAAGUAGAGCUACGCACCGUUAGAAACGGAACUUGUAUUACUUAGACCUAUCACCGAGAUAGUUCACUUAUUUACACCUUAAGAAGAGUGACAUUAUAGAACGUCAGGCGGGGAGUGUAACGUCACCGGAAUUUACGGUGCCGGUCAGUUUUGGGUUUCUAUUUUACUUGGUGAUAAUUACAUCCGGUAAGCUGUUUCUGGGAGACAUUAUUUCCCGCGCGUCUGGGACGCACAGAUCCAUUUGAAGACCCUCUACAGCGUCAGGGACGCUUCGUCAUCCAUAUCUUCGUGGUGCAAAGGCGCAACGAUUUGUUACCGUAAAUUUCCUGCUAUAUUGGCUGAAUAAAGAAUGUAAAAAGCUGGGCGUUUUACUUCAACAUACAAAAUGGGCCUGUGGCAGAACACCAUUUG